AUGGGCGAAUUAUUAUCCGGAGAGUCGCCUGAAGAAUCAGGGAUAGUCAAAUAUAUAGAUUUAAGUGAUAAUAUGACAGAAGAAAAUCUAUAUAUUGAUACUGUUCCUCAAACGAGAGAAUGGGUCAUCUUGCGUAUUGAGAAAUUAAUAGAAACAACAAUUAAUUCAAUUUAUAACAAAAAACCAUUACUAAUAAAACUUUCAAUGAGAAAUAAUAAAUGUAUUUUCGAUAGACAAUCUAAUAUGAUUAAAAGAAAUUCAGUAGUUAAACAGAGAGUUUUCCGAUUUCCAAGCAAAACACAAAUAGGCUCUUGGAGAUUUGCUGUCCUUAUUCGAGUUUUAGAUCUAAUUCACGAAUCUUUAGUAUCAAACACUCCAGUAACAAAAAGGAAUAUCUAUUAUCGUGACAUAAACUUAUUUAAGAAUUCAAGAAUUGUGAAUAAAAUUAUAGAAGAUAUAGCCUAUACCUUUAAAAUUCGAAGAUCAGCACUUAAUGUUUUAGCAACUGCAAAAGGACUCGUCUGUGGUCAUAUAAAAAUAAAACGAAAAAAUUUUGAGGAGAUAAACUGUUUGCAAGAUUCUGAAGUGUUAAUACCUUCAGAAACUGAAAUAGAAAGCAUAGAAACAGAAGCUGAUUGGAUUCUUAUUGUUGAAAAAGAAUCGACAUUUAGAACAUUAGUGAUAUCAAAAUUUUACGAUCAUCCAAUAGCAGGAAAAGGUGUUAUUAUUACAGCAAAAGGAUACCCAGAUAUAUCAACAAGAGAAUUUUUAUACAUGAUAUCAAAAUCUAUUUCAACUUCUCCGAGUCCUUAUAAGAGAUCAACCCCCAUAUUGUGUCUUGUAGAUUAUGAUCCACAUGGAAUAAAUAUUUUAGCAACAUACAAAUUUGGUUCAUAUGCAGAAGCACACAAUAGUCAUCUAAUGGCUAUACCAUCUAUCAAAUGGAUAGGUGUACAUUCAAAUGAUUUUCAUAAAAAUCAAGAAAACGGAUAUAUUCCAAUGAAUAACAAAGAUAUAAAAAAAGCUUUCGACCUUUUACAAAAAGAAUGGAUUCAAGAACACAUAAACCUAAAAAAUGAGUUGUGCAGAAUGAUAUUCACCAGAGUUAAAGCUGAAAUACAAUUACUGAGUGAAAAUGAUGAGAGAUGUUUAACAGAAUAUCUAGCAGAUAAAAUUUCUAAAGGAGAAUGGUUAUAAUUCCAAAUAAAACGCAGCAAAAUUCCCAAUUCUAACACUUUUUUUUAUUUUUUUUACGGAUUAAAGAUUCAUUAAGAAUGUUUAUAGUUUUUGAUUGUUCCGAAAUAUCAGCAGUUUUUCUCUUUUUAUCCUCACAGAAUUAUUGAUAUUAUGAAUCCAGUCGAGUGUUGCUCCUUUAGUCUUUUCCAAUGUUUCAAAAUCAGAACGUAAUAAUUUUUCAUAAGCCAUUCUAUAAAUUUUCUCAUUUAUUUGAAUACCAUUUUCCAAAUUCAAAUCCUCUGUCAUACAAUUAUUUAUUUCAUCUUGGUCGCUACCUGGAAAUUCUAAACUAAAAAACCCAACAAUUCUACCAAGUGUACACUCUUGACGAAAUGCCAUUAAUUCCCAGAAUUUAUCAAUGCUUGUAACUUCUCCUUCUCCAUCUUUAUACAAUUGAUCAAGAAAUCGAGUUUUAGGAUCAUCUGGAAAACGUGGAAUAAUUUCUCCUGCAGGUUGAUCUGUAGGUUGAUAAGGAUGACCACAUAUCCAUUUUAAAUCUGUAUUAGUAUGCUCAGGAGUAUACCUAAGAGUUUCCCUUGCAUCUAUUCCGGGUAUUAAAACAUAUUUUUUUGGGCAUUGAGGCCCCUUGACACAGUCCAAUACUCUUAACCACCAUUUGACCAAUUCUUUAUCAUCUAAUAUAUGUUUAGAAGGAUUUAAAGACGAAGACGGAAAAAGAUAUUGAGGCUGAGAUCUUGAAAAAAGAGAUAUUCUUGAUGGUAUAUUUCUUCUAGAAAACUUCUUAAUUAAAUAUGAUAAAAAUGAAGAAAUAACAGGUUUCAAAGGCGAUGGUGAAUCAUGUCGAUUAAAAAAUCCCGUUGAAUCCGCCUUAGAAAUAUAAAAAACGCUUAAAUCAGAAGAAAAAAAUAUUAAAACUUCAAUAGCAUAAGCCAUUGCGUUCUCUUGUAAUACGAAAAAAAAAUGGUUUGAAAGAGAGACAUUAUCUAUCUUUUUUUUACUCAUCCAUGGCCAUUUUAACUUUUUAAAAUUUGUAAACA